GAGUGUGUGUGUGUGUGUGUGUGUGUGUGUGUGUGAGAGAGAUUCCCCGCUCUCCUCUCUCCCCUGUCCCCUUGCUUGUGCCAUGUUCAUCUGUUCAUCAUAUUGAAAUGGUGUGUGUGUGCGUGAAAUGUAUGUGUGUGUGUGUGUGUGUGUGUGUGUGUGCCCUUGCCAGGCUGGGUAGUGUUGGACCGCUGCGGACGGCACUUUGGGCUGGUUCUAAACUUCCUGCGUGACGGAACGGUUCCACUGCCAGAUUCCACCCGGGAGCUGGAGGAGGUUCUAAAGGAGGCUCAGUUCUACCGGGUCCAAGGGCUCGUCCAGCACGGCCUCUCCACCCUGCAGAAGCGGAGGAGUGUGUAUGAGGGCAUGUGUCGUAUCCCCAUGAUCACCUCAGCCAAGGAGGAACAGAUGAUGAUCGCCACCUGCAGGAAGCCUGUGGUGAAACUACAAAACAACCGAGGAAACAACAAGUACUCUUAUACCAGCAACUCGGACGAUAACCUGCUGAAGAACAUCGAGCUGUUUGAUAAGCUGGGUCUGCGCUUUAACGGGCGCGUGCUCUUCAUGAAGGACGUCCUCGGGGACGAGAUUUGCUGCUGGUCAUUCUACGGUGAGGGCCGGAAGAUCGCAGAGGUCUGCUGCACCUCCAUCGUCUACGCAACCGAGAAGAAACAGACCAAAGUGGAGUUUCCUGAAGCACGGAUCUUUGAAGAGACCCUCAACAUCCUUAUCUAUGAGAAUGGGCGGAGCUCUGGGCCAGGGGGCGUGGCUUUGUUAGAGUCUGGCAUGAGCUCGUCGCCUGGAGCCGGCCAAUCAGAGGAGGAGGGGGCUGCAGGGGGCGGGGACAGAAGAGUGAGGCGGAUCCACGUGAGACGACACAUCAUGCACGACGAGAGAGGCCACGGGCAACAGACCGUCUACAAGGACUAAACACACACACACACACACACACACAGGGACUAAACACACACACACACAUGCACACACACACACACACAGGGACUAAACACACACACACACACAGAGGAGCGAGGCCACGGGCAACAGACCGUCUACAAGGACUAAACACACACACACACACACACACACACAGAGGAGCGAGGCCACGGGCAACAGACCGUCUACAAGGACUAAACACACACACACACACACAGAGGAGCGAGGCCACUGGCAACAGACCGUCUACAAGGACUAAACACACACACACACACACACAGGGACUAAACACACACACACACACA